AAUUGCAUAAUACUAUUUUUAUUUUCCAUCUCCUCCAAUUUUAUAAAGAGGGGUUUGAAAGUGCUGAGACUAGAAAGCUCUGCAAAAAACCCUCGUUUAAUCAUCCAUGGAGAACGCAUUCGCCACCGCUUCCGCCAUCGGCGACCAACGCCAAAAGAUCGAGCAGUACAAGCACAUUCUCUCCUCCGUCAUCUCCUCAAACGACGUCGUUCAGGCUCAGAAAUUCAUCCAGCACAUUUUGUCGGAUGAUGUGCCGCUGGUGGUGUCGCGGCAGCUGUUGCAGACGUUUGCGACGGAUUUGGAUAAAUUAGAGCCGGAGAAUCAGAAGCAGAUCGCGAAUUAUACGCUCACGCAGAUUCAGCCGCGUGUGGUUUCGUUUGAGGAGCAGGUUUUAAUUAUCAGAGAGAAAUUGGCGGAAUUGUACGAGUCGGAACAAGAAUGGUCAAAAGCAGCACAUAUGCUCAGUGGCAUUGAUCUUGACUCUGGAAUGAGAGUGAUUGAUGAUACAUUCAGGUUGACAAAAUGUGUCCAAAUUGCUCGUUUGUACCUUGAGGACGAUGAUGCUGUGAAUGCAGAAGCUUUUAUUAAUAAAGCAUCAUUUUUGGUUAGCAAUAGUCAACAUCAAGUAUUGAAUUUGCAAUACAAGGUUUGUUAUGCAAGAAUUUUGGAUUUGAAGAGGAAAUUCUUGGAAGCUGCUCUACGAUAUUACGACAUCUCUCAGAUUGAGCAGCGGAAAAUCGAAGAUGAAGUGAUCGAUGAGGAGGCACUAGAACAAGCUUUAUCAGCUGCUGUCACGUGCACAAUUUUGGCUGCUGCAGGUCCUCAACGCUCCCGUGUUCUUGCAACACUUUACAAAGAUGAACGCUGCUCAAAAUUGAAGAUAUAUCCUAUUCUGCAGAAGGUGUAUUUGGAGAGAAUCUUGAGAAAACCUGAGAUUGAGGCAUUUGCAGAAGAGUUAAAAGCUCACCAGAAAGCACUUCUGCCCGACAAUUUUACUGUGCUUGAUCGUGCUAUGAUUGAGCAUAACCUCUUAAGUGCAAGCAAAUUGUAUACUAAUAUAAGCUUUGACGAGCUGGGCACUUUACUAGGCAUCGCUCCUAACAAGGCUGAAAAAAUAGCAUCAAGGAUGAUCUACGAGGAUAGAAUGAGGGGUUCUAUAGAUCAGGUUGAAGCUUUCAUUCAUUUCGAGGACGACACUGAGGAACUGCAGCAGUGGGAUCAACAGAUUGUCGGUCUUUGCCAGGCACUGAAUGAUGUUUUGGACAGCAUGGCUAAGAAAGGCCUACCUAUUCCUGUUUAAAGUCUAGUAUCUGAUUCACUUGUUUUUGUGAACUGGCAAACAUACAUCUGAACAGUUUUUUGAUAUUAUUUUUGGUUGCUGCUGUAGAUAUCGAUAGCUCUAGUAUCCAUCUGCAAUUUUUAAAUUAUAGCAGCCACAUUGGCCUUCC